AACUUCAUCGUUUUUCCUAUCCCUUCUUUUCUUCCCUUUACAUUAUCUGUGCGCAUUAGAGAGAGAAAUUCUCCUCAAAAAUGAAGCGGUGGGAGUGGACACACACCUCAAUCCCCGACGAUAUUGCUCUCAAGAUCGCAUCCUUCCUCCAGGUCACUGAUGUAUGCUCUCUGGGUAGUUGUUCCCGGUUUUGGCGUGAUUUGUGCGCGUCGGAUUGUAUAUGGCUUUCUUUCUCCAGGGAGAGAUGGCCUUCUUUGGAUUUCCCAUUCCAAUCCCCUGUCCAGAACGUCGAUAACGGACAGCUUGAAGAAGCUUCGACGGAUCGAUUCUCUUCCAUGAAGGGGUGGAAAGGUUUCUACAUCAGGAGGCACUAUGAGAUGGAUAAUAAAGCUACCGCCAUGGUUAAGUUUGUUGAGCAGUGCUCCCCAUGUAAAUCACUCGAGGUAGCUGACUACCUCAGAGCCAUUGAAGACCUUUGUUUAAUGAAGAUGGAAUUUAAGGAUGUCCAGAUGUUCUUGUUCACAAAGAAGAAUGUGCUUCUUAACCUGAUUGGUGUACAUUAUUCCAUAUUUUGGCUCCAAAUUUCGGCUGAUUUGGUCAUGGAGGCCCUGUGUGGCUGUCAUAUAUCAGAACAGGAAGUCUGUGUGAGAUGGUGGAAGCUUGGUAGGUGGUUUUAUGGCUUCCGCUUGCAUGAUGAGUCUCACUCUCGUGUGGUCUCUUUGGGGGAUCUUGCAACAGCCAAGGAGGAUGAAGUUUUUAGGGUGCUUCAUCGAGGAGCCAUUCAUGAGGUUCUACGUGUUCAGGUCUUGGUUGUGGAACCUAAAUGCACCUCAUGGGCGUUCCCAAAUAUACAAACACAGAGCUAGUUGAUGCACCAUGUGUGCAUAAUAGUGUUCUAUAACAUGUAUAUUAUCUACUACUUGUGAAUAAUUGUGAUCUGCAUGCUGGGUGAGAUGCUUGUUAUUACUUCACUUAAGCUUGUAUAUGCUUUGACUUGUGUGAAUAUGAUGUGAAUUGAAAUGGUAGAACUGUAGAAGAUAAAAUA